GUAGCUGUUAAACUCGCAUUACAGUCACGUUUAUAGUCAUCGGCCGACCGUUCGUACGGACGUUAUACACGCGCGCGCGUCCUCGUUCUCGUCUUCGUCGUCGUUGUCAUCGUCAUAAUAAUAAUAAUAAUAACAGUGUAAUUUCUCUCUCACUCGCCAGUCGAGCGUUCACGUGUAUUAUUAUUGUCGUGUACGGAUUUUUUUUUCUAUUUCGAACCGCGCAGCGUGUGUUUGAUCGUCUCUGGCACGACGGAUCGUUCCUAAUUUUUUUCGGCCGAGUGAUACGCGCUACGUUUCGUCUCCGUUUUUCGUCACCCACAAAAAAAGUGUUUCGAUAUUACUAUAAUAUAAUAAUAUAAAUAACAGUGUACAGUGUGCGCGAGCCGUGCGUCAAGGGUAGUUUUUACGUCGUCCGCGGGCGCCCGCGGGUGUGUGUCGCGCGCGUGAGAUGUGUCGUCGUCAUCCGUCGUCGUCCGUCGUCGUAGUUAUUCGCACCGGUGUGACGCGAUCCGUGUGAAAUGUUGAUGAUGAUGGACUGCAGCAACAGGAAGCCGCCGGCGGACUUGUCAUCCGGCGUGGUCGUAGCGGCCGUGUCGUCACCGGAGCUGACGGUUGCCGGCACGUGGCACCCCCACGUGUACGGAAACCCCCCCAGGACGCCCACUGCCCACAACGUGGCUGACAUACUCGGAUGGACCAAAGCCGGUACCGACGAACAGCCCUUAAACUUGUCGACGGCCAAACGGCCGAACGGCACCGUGCUGGACCUGACCAAGAUCAAACGGAAAGCGGAUGUAAUACCCACGACUGCAGUGAUGUUGAACAACAAUAACAACAAUAACAACAACAACAACGGCAUCGGUAGUCAUCUACAACAGCAACACCACAAUCAUUAUCAUCAUCAGCAGCACCACCAGCAUCAUCACCUUCAAUCGUUACCGUCUACCACGCAGAAUAAUAACUUGCCGGCGGUAGCAAUCGCUACGACAACAACGACUACAGCGUCGGCGGCUAUAGCCGCCACGGUCAUGGCGACGACCGCUCCACCGCCAGUACGGAAGAAGUCACGGAAGGAUGUGCCGCCGUCGUCGUCGCCGGGUUUACUGGUGAGCUCGUCUUCCGGUUCGCCGGCCGGACAGCUGGCCGGAGAGAGUGACGGUGGACAUUCGUCUGACGGUUGUGGUGACCGGAAGCGGAAGAAGGCGCGGACCACGUUCACCGGCCGGCAGAUAUUCGAGCUGGAGAGGCAGUUCGAGCUGAAGAAGUACCUCUCGUCAUCCGAAAGAUCCGAAAUGGCGAAAAUGUUGGGCGUCACUGAGACACAGGUGAAGAUCUGGUUCCAGAACAGGCGGACAAAGUGGAAAAAACACGACACGGUGACGACGACGGAAUCCUCCGACUCGGCGACUGCCGCCGCCGCCGCCGCGACAUCAACAGGACUCGGUGGCGCAGGUGGACUGGCCAAGUGUUCGCCAAAGGCCGCAGCCGGCGCUAAGUUUCUCAGCGAAGGUGACGACCACUCGUCGCUGGAAGACUCGGAGAGCUGCUACAGCAGCGUGGACGCGGCCGAGUCCAAGGUGGUCACGGCCCGGACGCCCGAGUCGCUGCCGCCCACGUCGCCGACGACGGACGAGACCGCGGCCACGGCCACUACGACGACCGCCAUGGCCAGGGCGCCCAGUUAGAGGGAAAACCCCAGUCGUUUUUUUCAAAAUGUUAUAAAUAACAAAAUAAAACGAUCAAAAUAAACGAACAGAUCGCUAUUGGACAUAAUAAAAUUGUGUUUGUUUUUCGUUUUUUUUUUUUCUAGACGCGCGGCGAUGCGUGCAAUAAUAAUAAUAAUAUUAAUUAUUAUUAUUCGUCUGUGUGUGUGAUAAAAAUUAAUAAUAAAAAAGCGACUCGGGAAAAAUGAAAAAAAAAAAAUGAUUUAACAUUAAUACAUUAAUAUUAUUAUUCGAUGUUAUAUCGCUAUACUAUUAUACAUACAUAUUAUAUUAUAUUAUAUUUUUUUUUAUUAGAUUCCUAACAUUUAGUAGUACGACACGUGCAAAAUACGUAUGUAUAUACCGUAUAAUUAUGAUGGUGUGUGAUCAGCAACGAUAAUAUAUAAUUGUACAGCCAUUCGCUGAUUUUUAACGGAUAGGCGAACCCACUCUGCGUAUUAAUAUGAUUACCUAUAUAUAUUAUAAAAAUCAUACGUAUUAAUAUGUUACGACGACGUGUCGCCUGCAAAACGUUUCCGCUAUUAUGUACUUUCGCACCGUUCAUUUUGUUAUAAUAAUAUUAAUAUUUUGUACUUCGAGUGUAUAAUACUGUUGUAAACUAAACGAUUAGGAAGAAAAUAUGUGUGUUCAUUAUUUUCUGUAUUAUACGCGAUUGUAUUUACUAUGAUAUUACAUUAUAUUUAACAUUAAAAAUGUUAGACACGGGGCCGUGUUUGUGAUUUUUACCUCCUCGUGUUUGAAACAAAAUAAUAAUAGUAAUAAAUAAUAAUAAUUCAACCUUUCUGUUCAAAAAAUAAAUAAAUAAAUAGUUUGUUGCACUCGGGAAAAUUAAAAUAUAUAUUUACAUAAGUAUAUAGUAUAUUAAAACGAUAAAUAUUUUAUUAUUUCUGAUUUAUUAUCAAAAAAAAAAAAAAAAAUAAGUAAUACUAUUUUGUCGCGAUAAUAAUAAAUAAUGAAAAAAAAAAAAAUAAUAAACGAUAAGGUGAAAUGAGCAAAUAUUAUCUUGUAGGUAUCAUCCCUCAAACACGGCCCUCGUUUGUUGUGUUGAAUUUUUCAUUUCUCGUUUUGUAAAUAACAUAAUUAUUAUAAUAUAAUUUUAUUGAUGUUAGUCGACACACGCACAAGAGGUGGGGUCUGAAUAUUUCGAUUAGUUGUCCCCGAUAAAACGUCACAUUUCUUCCAUCACCCGUUUGUUCAUAGGAUUUUUAGUUUUUCUUCUUUAUUCGACGACUCGUGAAGUACAAAUGAUUACAAAUAUCGUGAUUUUGUUUUCUCCGUUCGAGUAUUAAAUGUACCUCUAUAUACCACUCUCUCUCUCUCUCUCUCUCUCUACGGCUAUGCUCUCUUUAUUAAUAUUUUAUCGCUGUACGUUAUCAAUAUUAUUAUUAUUAUUACUAUUUGUAUUGUUUUUUGUUUAGAGUGUACCUAUCGUCUACGAAUAUCUUGUGUAUUUGUUUUUAUGUUAUAAUGUGUAAGAAAAAAAACGUCUUUAUUUUGUAACGCCUUCCUUGACGGACGAACUGUAUUGAAUAGAGAAAAAAAAACCACGGUCUUUAGGACCUAAACAACGAUCGAUUAUACAUUAAAAUAUUUUUGAAUAUUAAUUAAACAAAACUCUCGCGAUACUUUUCCUGAAUUAUUACCUAUAUUAUGAUAAUAUUACGUGUCCAUGAUUAUUAAUUGUAUAUCCAUGCACGCUGCACGCGCAUCCGUGUGUUUAUUAUAUAUUGUGUAUAGAAUGUGUAUUGUGUAUAGUACUUCCAUAAUAAUAUGUACCGCCUUCAACGGAUAUUGUGUAUAAAAAUCGAACGUGUAUAAUAUUUAUGAAGAUUUAUUUUCAGUGUGUUACAUGUUAUUUUUUUUAAAAAAAAACCAACAUAAUAAAUGUGAAAGGAGAAUUAUAAUAUUAAUUGCA